UUUUUUUUUGGUUUUGUUCAAGUGUUUGACGAGGAACCCAAGAGAUUGGCGUCAGGGAAUCAGGCUCGUCAGGCAACCCAGGACCCGACAUGGCGACAUCCUUUCCUUCAAUUACUGCAAACUACAAGUGGGAGAGUGAGAGGCUUCUUCUUCUUAAUCUAAUACUGUCAAGCCCCGGCAACAGAAUUUGAAAAGAGGAGGGAAGGAACAAUGGAGGUCAAGUCUCUUUCUUUUUUUCUCGGUCUCUGUUCCCCCAAAACUCGUAACAGUCCAAAGGGUAGCCUCGAACCAAGAGAUUACGUUAACCCAAACAAAUCACAAUUUCUAUUCCAUCCAUUUACUUCUUCUAUAGGUUAGGAUUCUCUGCCAACCCUCUCUGUUAUCACGUUUCCCCAACCCAACAAAACUUCUGUCUUCUUUUCUCUCUUCCCUUGUUUCCCUCCCUCUGCAACCUUUACUGCAUAGAGGAACAAGAUGAAUAGUAAACAGAAGCUUGUUGUGGAAGUUGUUAGAGCCCGUAACUUGAUGCCCAAGGAUGGGCAAGGCUCAUCGUCCGCAUUCGUGGAGGUGGAGUUUGAGAACCUGAGACAGAGAACCAAAGUGAAACACAAAGACCUGAAUCCUGUUUGGAAAGAGAAGCUUGUGUUUGACAUCAGUAAUGUUGCGGAUCUUCGCUAUAGAGCUGUGGAAGUUAAUGUCUUUAACGAGCGGAAAUCCGGCAGUAACCGGAAUUUUCUGGGUAAGGUGAGGAUUUCUUGUUCUAACAUUGCCAAGGAAGUUGAGGAGAUUCCACAGCUUUACCCUCUUGAGAAGCGGAGUUUGUUCUCUCACGUUCGUGGUGAGGUUAGCCUGAAGCUUUAUCUUUCAACAAAGGAACAGAUUACAAAGAAGGGUUACGGAAACGAACCCGCAACUUCUUCUUCUUUUGUGAAAAAUCAGAAAAAUAUGCAUCAGCAAACCACGCCUGGGUCUUUGGAUCUGCAACCACACAACCAGCAGCGGCCACAACAGAAACAAUUGACGCAGGACAACAAAUGGCCACAACCACCCCGGCAGCAACCAAAGCCUGUGGAGCCAAACCCAGGUGAAUUUAAGCCGGUCGUCUUCACAACCGGGCCCGGACCAUCUCUCCGCACUCCCAACAUUUCUGGUGUUGGUGGCAGUGGCGGUGGUGGUGGAACAGGGGAUUUUAGCUCUUCUGGUUUGAAUGAGUUCACAAUCAAAGAAACUAAUCCACAUUUGGGAGGAGGGUCCACCAACAAAGAUAAGAAUAGUUCGACUCAUGACCUGGUGGAGCAAAUGCAGUAUCUCUAUGUCCGGGUCUUUAAAGCUCGCGACUUUUCGAUCUUCGGCGGUGGUGAAGUAGUUGCAGAGGUGAAGCUUGGAAACUACAAAGGGAUUACUAAAAGGGCAAGCUUGAGUAACCCAGAAUGGGAUCAGGUCUUCGCUUUCUCCAAGGAUUCUAUUCAGUCAUCCAUGGUGGAGGUUUUCGUGAAAGAGACAAAUAAAAAUGAUUACUUGGGUCGAAUCUGGUUCGAUUUAAACGAGGUUCCCAAACGGGUUCCCCCUGAUAGCCAACUGGCUCCGCAAUGGUAUCGUAUGGAAGACAAGAGAGGGGAGAAAGCCAGGGGAGGAGAGGUGAUGGUCUCAGUCUGGUUUGGGACUCAAGCAGACGAAGCUUUUGCCGAGGCCUGGCAAUCCAAGGCUGCGAAUUUGAACUUCGAUGGCGUCUGUUCUAUCAAGUCCAAGGUUUAUCUCUCACCGAAGCUCUGGUAUCUCCGUGUUACCAUUAUUGAAGCACAGGACAUCGUUUCAGGCGAGAAGGGCUCGACAAUGACAAGGUCGUUCUCAGAGCUUUCAGCCAAAGCCCAAGUAGGAAACCAGGUGAUGAAGACCAGAGUCGCCUCGGCCGUUCCAAACCGGAGUCUCUCUAACCCAUUCUGGAACGAAGACAUGAUGUUCGUCGUGGCCGAACCGUUCGAAGACUACCUAAUGGUCUCCGUGGAGGACCGGAUUGGACCGGGACGUGAUAAUCUUCUGGGUCGCGUUCUAAUUCCCGUUGCUUCAAUAGAACGUCUAACCGAUGACGAACCGGCGGUCUCUAAAUGGUUCACCCUGGACACACACUGCAACAACAUGGGCUUGGCCGAACCAAAAGUGGUGACCCGGUUUGGUUCACGGAUCCAUAUUCGUCUCUCUCUCGACGGUGGCUACCAUGUGCUGGACGAGUCGGCUCUGUACAGUAGCGACGUACGGCCGACGGUGAAGCAGCUGUGGAAGCCCCACAUUGGUGUCCUUGAGAUGGGAAUCUUGGGAGCCACUGGGCUGACUCCAAUGAAGAUCAAGGAUGGAAAAGGAGGGUCCACAGACGCUUACUGUGUCGCGAAGUACGGUCAAAAAUGGGUUCGCACUCGUACUGCGGUUGACAGCUUGGCACCGAAGUGGAACGAGCAGUACUCGUGGGAAGUGUUCGACCCUUGCACCAUCAUCACCGUCGGCGUCUUCGACAACUCCCACACCAACAAAUCAGUCGGCGCCGCCCCCGGUGCUGGUGCCGGAGCAGUUGCAGGGGCAAGAGACUCUCCUAUUGGAAAAGUCAGAAUCCGGCUAUCCACGCUUGAAUCUAAUCGUGUGUAUACGCACUCGUAUCCACUUCUGAUGCUCCAGACAUCAGGGGUGAAGAAGAUGGGAGAGCUCCACCUGGCGAUCAGAUUAACCUGCGCUAACAUGGCUAACGUGCUCCAUAUGUACCCUUUGCCGCUGCUGCCUAAAAUGCACUACGUUCGUCCACUGUCAGUAAACCAGCUAGAGAGUUUGAGGCACCAGGCGCUGAACGUAGUGGCGACCCGGUUGAGCCGGGCAGAGCCACCGCUCAACCGGGAUGUGGUCGAGUACAUGCUCGAUCAUGGGUCUCAUAUGUGGAGCAUGAGACGCAGUAAGGCCAACUUCUUCCGGAUUAUUUCGGUUUUAUCGAGCCUCAUUGCAUUUUGGAAAUGGGUCGAGUCGGUUCGCAGCUGGCAGAAACCGGUCCACUCGGUCUUGUUUCUGAUCGUCUUCCUUGUGUUCGACAUAUUUCCUGAACUAAUUCUACCCUUCAUCUUUCUCUCUUUAUCUCUCUCGGGGCUCUGGCGAUACCCAUCGCGCCCUCGGCACCCGCCGCACAUGGACACUCGGCUGUCUUGUGCCGAGAUGGUGUAUGGCGAUGAAUUGGAUGAGGAAUUUGAUACGUUUCCGACAAGGCGCAGCGCCGACAUUAUUCGGGCGAGGUAUGACCGGUUGAGAAGUGUGGCUGGGAGGAUACAGACGGUGGUUGGUGAUUUGGCUACACAAGGUGAACGUUUACAAGCGCUGUUGAGUUGGAGAGACCCAAGAGCAACGCUGUUGUUUAUGGUGUCUUGUUUGAUAGUGGCGAUGGUGUUCUAUGUUGUGCCGUUUCGAGUGGUGGUGGGUUUGUGUGGGUUGUAUGCUUUGAGGCCACCCAAGUUUAAGAGCAAGUUGCCUUCUCCAGCUCUAAGCUUUUUUAGGAGGUUACCUUCGAAGGCUGACACUUUGUUGUAAGUAGAGAAUUGAGAAGGGUAGGUAGGACGUGCAUGGCUUUGUAUUUGGGAUGGAUUUUGUUGGAGAAUUUUGGAGGGAGGGACAUGGUUUCUUUGAAUUAAUGUGUGUUCGGAGAAUUUUUGCUUCAAUUACAGGAAAUUCAUGCUAUUUAAUUGGA